AUGGGCAACUGCCUUGCAACCGCGUCGAUGCCGGGUGGCAAGCCGCGGUGCGAGCACUGCAAGCACACGGCGGCGGUGGCGUGGACCGCCAUGACCGACGCCCAGAGGAUGAUCUGGGUGCGGCUCAGCGACACUGGUUUCGCGCACCGCGUGUGUCAGACCAAGGUCUCGGUGACGACCGAGGCCAGCACGCGCCGGCUCGGCGUGACGCGGGACACUGCGGCGUCCGCGGACGCGCCGUCGGUCCGCGCAACGCCCCGGCCGCCCGAACGAGACCGGCUCCGGGCCGGAUCCGCGGCCACGCAGGCGUGCGCGUCGGGUCACUCUGGCCUCGGCGUCUGCGGCUGCGACGAGCGCGCUCCGGACGGCGCCGUGGCUCUCAGCCGCGACGACUCGCUCAGCAAGGCGAAGAGCGUGCCUCCCAAGCGGACCGGACUCACACCCGCGCAAAUCGAGGGCCUGCAGUGCCGCCGGAUGUUUGGCCUCGGCAACGCACGGCCGCCCGCGCUGUUGCAGAUACCGGAAGACUCCAAGUGGCGCGUCAAUUACUGGGAGAUCUCCCGCUACCGCAAAAACCCGCGCAUCGAGCAGCUCUGCGGCGCCGCGGCGCGCUCCGCGCACUCGCGGAAGGAAUUCGAGCGCCGCAAGCACACCAGCGACCGCCCAGCAGGAGCGCCAGCCUCGCCGCCCAACACCCCCGUGGCGCGCCCGGCGCCGCAGCAGCAGCAGCGCGCGCUCACCACCGUCACCAGCGCCCCCGUCGUCCGCCGGGACGCUCCCAGCGCGGGCCAGGCGCAUCCGCCCGCGGACCAGGCGGCGCCACAGCGCGGCAGCUCUCACCCCGGCGGCGAGGUGGGGGCGCGGCAGACGGUGGGCGUGCGCGCGGAGCCCGCUGCGCGCGAGGACCCUUGCCCCUCGCCCGGGAGCUCCGUGGAGAACGAUUCCGGGCUCGGCGCGGCGGGCGGCGGGAAGCACAGCAGCGGCACCCACGCGCAUGAUGUCGGCGGCGCAGACGAGGAGGGGGGUGUCUGGCGACCGCUGCCGCUGGAGGACAGCAGCCCGACGAUGCCGCGCGACCACGAAGCGGCGGCGACCGACGUGCGGGUGGUUGCGGCUGCCUCGCAGCACACAGCACAGGUGGCCUGA